AUGACGCCGGCUGCGGCCAGGGCUGGCCGCCGCUGGGCGCGAUGUGCCUUCGUCGGCCUUCUCGCGCUGGCACUGCUCCAGGGCAUUUGGGCCUUCAGGCCCAAGCCAAAAUUUGUCAGUUCGCUGCAACACAGGCGGCAACAGCCGCACGUGCAGCUGGAAGACAGCCGGCGGGCGCCGCCGCUCUACGGGUCGUCGGCCGACGCACCCAGCGGCAUCACUGGCGGACUGCAGGAUGCCUUGCAGCAUAAAAUUGGCCUUUCUUCCGAGCUGUCCGGCAUGGAAGAUGCCAAGGUGACGCGUAUGGACGAGGAACUCAACCUCGGCGCGCUUGGCCCGGACGUCAAGGUGGAGGACGAACAGAGCUUCCCCUUCCAGGCCGAGGUCAGCAGGGUUAUGGACAUUAUCGUUAACUCGCUGUACACCGACAAGGACAUCUUCCUCAGGGAGUUGGUUUCCAACGCCGCCGACGCUCUAGACAAGCGUCGUAUACAGGCGGACCCAGAAGAAAAGGUUCCUAAGGAAGCGUUCGGCGGAAUCAGGAUCUUCCCGGACAAAGAACACAACACGCUCACCAUAGAGGAUGACGGUAUCGGUAUGACCAAGGAUGAGCUGGUGAAGAAUCUCGGCACCAUCGCCGAGUCGGGAACGGCCAAAUUCCUCAAACAGCUGGAAACAUCUAAAUCUACCGACACAAACAACCUGAUUGGUCAAUUCGGUGUUGGAUUCUACUCAGCCUUCCUGGUAGCCAACAAGGUGGAGGUGUUCUCUAGGGCCUACGGCCAGGAGGACGGCCCCAUCUACCGGUGGCGGUCUGACACCAGCGGCAGUUUCAGUGUCGGCCAGGUCAACGAUGAGCAAGUUAGCAACUCGUUCAUGAAGACCGGUACCCGGAUCGUGCUGCACAUAAAACCUGAAUGCGACGACUAUCUCGAAGACUACAAGAUUAAAGAGCUGCUACGAAAGUACUCUGAGUUCGUCAGAUUCCCAAUCCAGGUGUGGGUAGAGAAGGUUGAGUAUGAAAGGGUGCCCGACGAGUCCACUGCCGUGGAGGGCAAACCCGGGAGGUACAAGACCAUCAGCAAAAAGAGGCACGAGUGGGAGCAUGUGAACACUCAGAUCCCGAUAUGGCGUCGGGAUCAAGCCGACAUAAAACCUGAGGACUACGUCUCAUUCUACAAAUCGACGUUCAAGGCGUAUGAUGACCCCAUGUCAUACAUCCACUUCAAGGUAGAAGGGCAAGUGGAAUUCAGCUGUUUGCUGUUCGUACCGGGAUCGUUACCGUGGGAGCUCAGCCGCAACAUGUUCGAUGACGAAUCGCGUGGAAUCAGGCUUUACGUCAAGCGUGUGUUCAUCAACGACAAGUUCUCUGAGGCCGUGCCCAGAUGGCUCACGUUCGUCCGCGGUGUCGUGGACAGCGACGAGCUCGCGCUGAACGUCGGCAGGGAGUACCUCCAGCGCUCGAAGGCGCUCACCGUCAUCAACAAACGUAUCGCAACAAAGGCCAUCGACAUGCUGAAAAACCUGAAGGCCGCGAACCCGGAAAGGUUCAAGAAAUUCUCCGACCACUUUGGUAAAUACAUAAAGAUCGGUGUCGUCGAGGACAGGGAGAAUCAGCAGGAGUUGGCAUCUCUCAUCACGUUCUGGUCCACAAAAUCGGGCCAGGACCGUGUGUCGCUGGACGAGUACGUGGGCCGUAUGAAGCCAGACCAGUCGGCAAUAUACUACCUCACUGCCGAAGAUAUAAAAUCGGCCCAAAGUUCGCCUUCUCUCGAAAAACUGAAGGCGCUAGACUACGAAGUUUUGUACGCUCUGGAACCCAUAGACGAGUUCUGCCUGUCUUCGCUGACUGCCGCCAAGUACAAGAACAUCGCUGUGCUUGACGUCAACAAGAGCGACCUCAAACUCAAGGAGGCGGCAGAGAGUGAAUCAUCGCAAAAGCCAGUCGAGUUCGAGACGCUAUGCGGCUGGAUCAAGGCGCUGUUCCCUGACGACCUGCACGACGUCAAGAUCAGCAACAGGCUCGUCGAGUCGCCCGCCAUUUUGGUGCAGACCGACUUUGGGCUAUCCCCAAGCAUGCAGCGUUACAUGAAACAGCAGGCUACAUCCGCUGGCAUGAACGACACCGAGCUGUUCGGCACCUCGAUGGUCAGCAAGCCGGUGCUCGAGAUCAACAUCGACCACCCGAUCAUCCAGCAUCUAAAUGCAAUGGUCAAAACCGACAAGCUUAGCGACCUGCCGCGUCAGGUUGCUAAGCAGCUGUUGGACGUGGUCUCGAUCCAGGGCGGCUACAACGUCAAGGACCCUACGCAGUUCGCGAGGAACGUGCUCGAGAUGAUGCAGCGGGAAGCUAAGCAGUUCCUCGACGCCAAAGCGGCAUCUGGAGCGUAA